AUGGUUAAGGGUGAGCAGGGUUGCUUCGCUCUCUUUGAUUAUUCGGCCUUACACGUGCGAAUGGAAGAAAAUGGAAUGAAGGCAAAGCUUGAAGUAGAGUUUAUCAAAAAUGACAAUCCAGUAGAGGCGGAUGAACUUAUUUCCCUGACUUUACCAACUCAAACGCGUUCUAACAAAAAGAAGCAUAUCAGAACAGAUUUCGAUGAAAUAAAAGUGUCAUUCGACGCCGUUGAGGCACAAAGACAAGAAAGAGAGCGGCUAGAACGCUUGUCAAAAAUAUAUGAGUCGGAAAUUGGUGAUUUUGUAGAAGCGCAGUACAGAGAAGGAUUAUGUGCUAGUGAAGAUCCAUAUGUGAAAUUGGAGCCGGUAUCCAAAUAUCUGAAAACGUCAUCUCUGCCUGAUGUGAAGCCUUCAACGUCUUUUAUAGAUGAUGAUGUAAUAGAACUAAGUAGUGAUGACGAUUCCGAUGUCGACUGUCGUCCACUUGAUCUAAUUCAGCCACUGCCAUUACGCCGACGGUCAUCGUUAUACAGGGUAGUACAUGAAGACGUAACCGAUGAGCUGUAUCGUGUUGAACGUGAAAGACUAUGUAAGCUACUUACGGAGGAGGAACUUGAAAGUAAGAAUUUAAUGGGAGGUCGAUUAUUUGUGAACCCUGGAAGGCGACUGGUAAAGCCGAUGUUUAUGUCCCCUUUCAUCAAUGAUGUGCUUCAGCCGCAUAAACUGGGAGGCAUACGAUUCAUGUACGGCAAUAUCAUCGAAAGUGCGAAAGAGUAUGAAAAAUCAGCUGGUUUUGAUUGUAUUUGGCGCAUGCGAUGGGAUUGGGAAAAAUGA